AUAUCCACGUUGUCGGGGCCGCGUAUCCUUCUGCGCUACUCUUAAGACCCUGGGACCUGGGUAAACCGCGGAGACUACUUGCGUACUAUAGUCGAUAGGACGGUCUUUGUCUCAGUGGAGCCGCAUACCACAACCUCACCACCAUCUUUCCAGAGCAGAUUCAAUUACAAUCUGCCUCUCCUCCUGGCAGGCCCGUCGUCACCUCGCCGGGGACAUUCCCCCUUCUCCCCGCCUUGAUUCCAUCCUUCGUUCGACCAACCCGGCCAUUUCCACAAUGGCACGCCUUCCCUUCCUUUCGUCAUCAUGGACCUCAGCACUCGUUACCACUAUCGCUCUCUUCUCUACAAUCUUUCCUGCCGUGCGAGCAGCUAAUGCCCCGGCCACUAUCCAGGGGACAAAUGGUGCAGGAGUGACGAAGACGCUGCUCGUUGACCGCUAUCCAGGCUUAUAUACAGGCAACUUUGGGGAUUGCAUGGGAGGCCAGAGCUUGAUCAAUCUCACUUCUUUCGAUGCUGCUUAUUAUGCUGAUAAUAUGACCGUUCUCUUCAACUUGGCGGGAACCACGAAUUUGAGGAACGAGACAAUAAUGCUCUAUAUCUCGGUACAAGCCUAUGGCGAGGACCGCUUCGAUAAGACUUUCAAUCCUUGUAGCGCGAAUUUUAUGAGCCUCUGUCCGAUGAAUAGCAGCGUUCCAAUCCAAGGCGAAGCCAAUAUUCCAGUUUCGACUUCAGACGUCGCUUCCAUCCCGAACAUCGCUCUGACGAUUCCUGAUUUCGAGGGCUAUGCUAUUCUCCGAUUCUUCUCCAACUCCUCACAAACAGAGAUCGGUUGCUUCCAGGCUAUCAUGCGGAAUGGGGCCUCAUUCUCGCACCCAGCAGCCGUUGGCUCGGCCCUGGGGGGUGUCACUGCUGUUGCUCUCGUUGCAUCUUUCGCAACAGCCAUCUAUGGCGCCAGCGUACCGCAAAUACGGACGCACUAUGCACACUCUCUGUCGGUGCUGGUAAUCUUUGAGGUCUUCCAGUCAAUAUUCUUCUCUGGGGCCUUGUCACUAGAGUGGCCGAGCGUCUUGCCUGCAUUUUGGAGUAAUUUUGCAUGGUCUGCGGGCCAGAUCUACACAAAAUCCAUCAUUGAUUCCGUCAACAGCUUCGUUGGCAUCUCCGGAAACUCUAGCCAGGCCGGUCAUGCGGGAUCCACUGACUUAAACAACAACGGAGGCCUCCAGCAGCAGAUAUAUGGACGUUCGUUAGGUUCGUUAGAAAGGCUCCCAGAUGUGAUGAGCUACGAUCUCCUCAGGAAGGGUGAGGAGGCUGCGAGUCAGAUAUACAAGCGGGCAGUCAACCACACCGCAGUGCAGUCAAAGAUGUACUCCUGGGCUGGUACGCCCAUCACUCCAGGACUUCCACUCCCCGGAAACUUUUCUGGGUUUGCUGGAGAGCUUGCACAGAUGGGUAUCCCUGCUGCGGAUGCUUUCUUGGUCGGACUCUUGUGGUUUCUGAUCCUUAUCGCCAUCCUCAUUGGAGCUACGACAGCCUUCAAGUUCUCCCUCGAGCUCUUCAGCGUUACAAAGCUGAUCAAGCGUGACCGGCUUGCACUCUUCAGAAGCCACUGGCUAGGCUUUCUUGGGCUCAUCAUCCUCAGAACACUCCUCAUCGGAUUCUUUAUGAUGAUGACCCUGACCCUUUUUCAGUUCUCUUACGGUGGGAGAGGAGGGGUUACCGCAAUUGCAGCCAUCAUAUUUAUCAUCUUCUUCGCGGGCAUGCUGGGGGUUACCUUCUACGCAUGCUUUUACCGGUUGCGAUUCGGCAAGUACGCAUCUGAACCAGAUCGUAUCCACUUUGAACACAAGAAGGUGAUGAAGUUUAUCCCCUGGUUUAGGACUAUACGCGAGAGCUCCAUGAGUGAGGAACAUGACAGGACGAAGACAGCAGGAUCUGUAUCAUUCUUCCGGGUCCGCUUCAUCGACAGCGAUUCGGAACGGCAGAGUGUCCACGAGGAUGAGGCCUACACGAAACGCUUUGGCUGGUUAUCAGCACGUUUCCGACGUACUCGAUGGUGGUUCUUCGUGAUCUGGGUUGUCUAUCAGUUUGUGCGCGCUUGCUUCAUUGGGGGAGCGCGCGCAAGCCCAAAGGCGCAGGUAUAUGGGAUCCUUGUAUGGGAGGUCAUUGCUUUCGUUGCGAUUGCCAAGAUCAAUCCAUUUGAGGGAGCUCGCAACACUGCACUGGCGGUCUACAUGCUUGGCCUUAGUAAGGUGGCCACUGCCGGUCUCUCGAUCGCCUUCCUACCAGAGUACAAGGUCGCAAGGAUCCCAACGACGGUCAUUGGUGUCGUCAUCAUCGUCAUCCAGGGGGUUUUGGUCGUCGGCCUCCUCGUCCUGAUGGCCCUCGGCAUUAUCUCGAGCUACAUGUCACUCACCCGCAACAGUGAGCAGUUCAAGCCACACAGCUUGGAAAGUGUCCGGACGAAGUACUUUGAUGUGAUCGAACUGAAGGCGACUGACCUUCCACCUCCACCGCCACCAGCACCCGAGGAACCAAAGGAACCGUACUUCACUGUUAAUGCGGUUCGUCGAGCUCCGAAGAUUGAGGACGAGGAUAAUGACCUCGUGCCGGACAUAGCCCCCCAGGGUGCUCCAUCGCAAGCCCCUAUUGUCAAUCGCGGCAGCAGAGCCAAUAGCGCUUCCAGUCGGCAUUCGGCAUAUGGAAAUGUCCCGUUUGGAGCAAGAGUCCACCGGGCGAGUUGGAGUUCUCGCGACUUCCAGAGCUUGCACGACGACAGGGCGGAUUUCCAAGUGCGUCCGCAGUCGCGGCUAGCCAGUUCACACAAUACAGCAAAUACUUCUGCAUCUACACAACCGCUGAUUAGACCAGCACCUUCGCAAUCUAGCCUGAGAUAUCCGACGCCAACAACGGAACAACAACAACAGUCGGCGGGCCAGAGAGUGGCCUUUGCGAAAUAGAGAUCCAGGUGAGGAAGGCAUGCCAGAACGGGUGCCCUUACGGAGCCACGAAUGAGAGUGGGAUAAUUGGAGUUAAUAGACGGGCAUGGUAUACAGGGAAAAAGUGGGGUCUUGAUUCUUGCACAGCAUAGCGUUCCUUU